UAUUAUGUUUAUUGGUAAGAAAAAAGUAUGAACUUUACGAUCAAAAAAGCCAAUAUACCAAUGCUUUAAUUUUAAUAAGUCUUUAUUUGCGGCUUAAUAUAAGUCAUAGGCUUAGUUUGCUUGAGUCAAUGAAUGCGACAGAGAGCGCGGAUCUCGUGAAGUGUUGACACUCCUAGAUUUAUACAUUUAUAUAUAUGCUUGUGCAAAAAUUGCGAUGUGAACACAUCUCUCGUCUCACCGUCGAUCAGGUUGCCGUUGAGAGCGAAGUCGAGGAAAUCGCCGCGGGGAUAGACAGAGCGAUAACCUUAGCGCAAGAUUUGCGUGAGAGUGUGAAGCUGAACGUGGCGCCUCCAAGGAAACCCUCGAGAAAAGGCCCGAUUGGGAAAGCUUCCCCGUCAGCUCCUGCGUCGAAUAACGGCGGUCGUAGAGACAUGCCGCGGACGAACGUCGCGACGCAGAGAACAAACGUUGCGAAGAAUGCUGGCGUCAGAAGUCCAUCGACAGUUUUCCAAAGUGGCGCGGUAACUUCGAUUGCGUCGAGAAAUACUAACGAUAAAAGACAAUGGAGAGCGUCGGCCGCGAGAAGCAGUGCGAAGUCGAAGAACGAAAGGAAUUUUAUACUGGAGAACAAAUUGAACGUUAAAAAGAUAACUCCGCCGAACAAGUCGCAAGCUGGUACUCAUGGUUCUAAUUGUAUUUCGCAAACUUCGAAGAGGUCUUUACCGCCGGCAGCGUUGGCUCCCGAACUGAGCAACCUGAUACACAAAAUGGCACAGAAAUUUACGGAAAGUGCGUUAGUUUCCUCCCCCGACGAUGGCAGGACUAACAAUUGCCCGUUGCACGACGGUAAUCAACUUGUUGAACGCACUAUCAUGGUGGAUGCAGCCGAGGCACUUCGGCAUUUCAGCGUACCGAAUGAGAUUGUCAGAGCGUUAAGAACUUCUCACAUAUUUUUCAAGAAAACUGAUGCGAAUCGCUCAAACGUCACUGGAGAAGUUCGAGCUAAGUCGAUUGAUAAUUUUCUGAAAGAAUUCGACACGAUGAAUACUUCUGUCCAAGAUGACUCGGAAGAAAUAUCUCAGUUGAUCAAAAUGGCGCACGAGUCGAUGACAUUUUUCAGUGAUAUCUUUACUGGGAAAUUAGAUUCAACGCAACUCGACGAAGUGCAGAACUGGAUCACGAAUUCGAAAGUUGUUUUGAAGCCAUGUAACACCGAGAAGAUCGUAGAAGAUCGUAUCAUCGAGAGAGCAUCUUUUGAACUUCCCUUGACAAAGGAAUGGAUGUUAAACGGCGUCUGGAACAUUUCUUGCAUGAAACACUUCAAGAGUUUCCCCGAAGUGUACUGUAUGAGAUACAACGACGAGAGGCAGUUGUUGUCGUUGUACGAAGCGGUGCAAAAGCUACAACGCGCGGAAUAUUUGAAUACAUUAAUCCAGACCAUAUUGUGCGACGUGAUACCCGCGAUCAGGUCUAACAUCGAUCCUGCGAGCGCGGAGUAUGCGCGAGCGUACAAGACGAUAUUUAUCCUUAGCCAGGGUUUGAAUCCCGAAGUGCCGGUUUUAGUUAGAACCGACAGUUGAGUCUCGCGCUUACGAUAUACACAUAUGUGUUCUCCGUUACUAUAGUAACCACUAUAUUCGUGUAGCUAAUUCGUACAGCCGUUUUCCACGAAAGUGCGGACUGCGCAGACCUACGAUGUUACGGCAGUACGAUUUUUGCGCUUGUUAUUGUACUAUUAAUAAGUAAACAAAGGAGAUUCAUCACGCUUAUCAAUAAAUUAAGUAAGAGUUUCGCGUCGUUUGAAGAUUUCUCAACAAGUAUGAGUAAUAAAAUGCUGAUAUUUUAUAAUACCAUGUCUCAAUUGUAAUGUCAAAUUGUGAACGGCCCGUCGAGUAUAUGCCUGACUUUUUUGUA